CGAAGCUCGAUUACUCAGUAAUGGCUCAUUUACGACUAAAAUUAUAUAAACGUUUGCGAAAAGCAAUGCUCACGUCCAGCCACGAUGGCAUAAAACCUCAGGCUUACAAAGUUUCUCUUUAGUGGGUCGUUGGGUGAGAUAGAAAGAGAAAGAGAGUUUAUAGAAUCAAUUUGAGAAAGGAGAGAGCAGAGGUGCAAGAAGGAUCAGAGCAAUGAAGUAUUGCCUCCUGAUGUCACUAUGGAUCAUCGUGGCGAAAGUGCAUUCGACCAAACCACGUGGACGGAAGUAAAGAAGUAUUGCAAGCAGCAGUCAGCUGUUCCUCAAAAGUUUUCCAACUACGAGAGGAUAUUCUCAAAGUCUGGAUACUUUCCUGCGGAUGAGGAGUUCCAGUGUUACUUGGCUUGCCUCGCCGUAAGAUCGGACCUGAUGAUCCUGGGAAACGAGUUGAGCAUCGACUGGCGCAAACUCAAACCACUUUUCCCCAAGGGCAAAGCGUUCGGGUGUCAGAAACGUGCAACCGAACAGGAUCCCUGCAAGAAAGCGUAUCAAUAUUUCAACUGUUUACGAAAGGGAAACAACGCGUUCCAGGAGAUUGAUUUCUUCUGACCUAACGUAAAAUUCAAAAUUUAUUAAUUCGAGUGUCAAGAUACAUCGUUGUUGUAAACCAUGAAAAGUCAAUAGAAAAUUAUUACCUGUUAAAUGAAUUAA